AUGGCAUCCACAGCACCAGCAAAGAAGCCACCCGUAAUCCCAGCUGUCCUCCUCCUAGGAAGUGCCAUAGCAUGGCCAAUCCUCGAGUACCGCGCAUGGCAAUACUACGACCUCGGCCUCGGCAACGACUACGACUGGAAGAUCGAGUCCCUCAGUGAUCUAGGAGUCGACUACCGUCAAGUCCAUCCCCUGAAGCAUUACAACAUCACCUCAUACCGCCACCAGGAAAUGAACGCUGCCAUCAUGCAAGCCGGAACCGUCUUCGCUCUUGCCCAAAUUUACUACCUCAUCACCUCAAGGCAGCGAGCGAACCAGCAGACAGCCUUGCUCAGGACGCUUCGCCUUCUGCUGAGCUUGGUCUACGCUGGUGGGAUGUUCCUGUUCGCGUACAUCCACGGUGGGCCGAGGGAGAGGUUCUGGGAGAUUAUUGGGUGGCAUUGGACUGGGUUGGCGAUGGCGGGUCUUGCUGGGAACUUGAGCUUGAUUUUAGUGUCGAUUAUGGCUACGACGAAUGAGAUCGAGAAUGAUGGGUUGUAUCGACUGAUUAGCUCGGCUCUUGGUGGGUUUGGACUGUACAGCUUUUACAGGUUCAAUACGCUGGGCGAGUGGGAUUUCCAGACGCAGCUGGGGCUGUGGCAGCGGGGCACGAUUUAUCCUGUCUUGGCUUGGAAUGUGGCGACUGCGUUGUUUACAUUUGGAGCGCAGUUUGGCGAGAGCGCUGGGAAGCCGAAGAAGGCGUGA